CUCCCCUCUCUCUCACUCCCCUCCUCGCCCCCUCCCUCCGGAUUGAUGUCACAUCCUGUGCUAGCUCCCGGACCCAGACACGGGCUGGAAGCCGCUCUCCGCUCGGAUCUGCCCGCGGACCCGCUCGCUCGCUGCCGGCGGGGCUGAGAUGCGGCUGCGGCCAGGCGCCUGACCGGGGACCGAGCGGCAGCGGCAGAGGGCGGAGCGACGAGCCGGGAGCAGGCGGGACAGGUGCAGGGAGCCCGGGACGAGCGGACCGGAGCGAGAGCAGCAUGGAAGCGCAGCCCGGGGGCAGGAGGGAGCGCGGCCGAGUCCGGCUCCUCACGCUGGGGGUCCUGCUCAUCAGCAUUCAGCUCACCCAGGUAUUACCAGAUAAUGCUGAGGAUGGCUGGCGAGUGUUCAGCUCUGCACCGGAUAGUGAAGGCAGGUGUAUCUGCACGGUGGUGGCUCCCCAGCAGACUCUGUGUUCACGUGAUGCCCGCACCAAGCAACUGAGGCAGCUUCUGGAGAAGGUGCAGAACAUGACUCAAUCCAUUGAGGUCUUGGAUCGACGAACCCAGCGAGACCUCCAGUACGUGGAGAAAAUGGAAACACAAAUGAGAGGCCUGGAGACAAAAUUCCGACAAGUGGAGGAGAAUCACAAGGCACAUCUCUCCCGACAGUUUCAGGCCCUAAAAUCGAAAAUGGAUGAACUCUUGCCUUUGAUCCCCGUGCUGGAACAGUAUAGAGCUGACGCCAAGUUGGUGUUGCAGUUUAAGGCGGAAGCAUCGAACCUCACGGCUGUACUGGCCGCGCUGCAGGAGGAGAUCGGAGCGUACGACUAUGAAGAGCUCCUGGGCAGAGUCUCCAGUCUUGAGGACAGGCUUCGGGCCUGCAUGCAAAAAUUAGCCUGUGGCAAGCUGACAGGAAUCAGUAACCCGCUCACUGUCAAGACUUCAGGAUCGCGGUUUGGUGCCUGGAUGACUGACCCUGCCUCACCGGAGGGAGACACCAAGGUUUAUUAUAUGGACGGUUACCAUAACAACCGCUUUGUACGUGUUUAUAAGUCCUUGCAGGACUUCACAAGUUCGGACAAUUUCACGGUGCACCGGCUGCCUCACCCUUGGUCCGGCACAGGCCAGGUGGUCUACAACCAGACCCUCUACUUCAACAAGUACCAGAGCCACACGAUCAUCAAGUUCCACAUCCCCACCGAGCGCUUGCUCGCCCAACGGAGCCUGGACAAUGCGGGCUACAACAACAUGUAUCCUUAUUCCUGGGGAGGCCACUCCGACAUCGACCUGAUGGUGGACGAGGGGGGGCUGUGGGCCGUCUACGCCACCAAUCAGAACGCGGGGAACAUCGUCAUCAGCAAGCUGGACCUGGUGACCCUGAAGGUGUUGCGCAGCUGGAACACGGGGUACCCGAAGCGCAGCGCCGGAGAAGCCUUCAUGAUCUGCGGCACCCUCUACAUGACUAACUCACACCUGGGUGGGGCCAAGGUCUACUACUCGUACAACACCAACACUUCCACCUACGAGUACACUGACAUCCAGUUCCACAACCAGUACUCCCACAUCUCCAUGCUGGAUUACAAUCCCAAGGACCGAGCCCUUUAUACCUGGAACAAUGGCCACCAGGUCUUGUACAACGUCACACUGUUUCACAUCAUCAAAUCUGAUGAAUUCUAAACCCACAUUCAUUUCCACAGUGGUACAGUCAGUCUAGAGAUAUAUAGAUCUGUAGAUAUGUACAGGUAUAUAUAUAUUCUGCAGAAAUAACACUUAGCAAAACUGAGUCUUAGCUUUGCCCUAGGCAAUUCUCUCCAUGUGUGGUAUUUUCUUGUGAAGCAUCGGCUUUCUCUGAUUUCAGACACAACAGAACUGAAAUCAGAGUGAACUAGAAUGGCCAUUUCUCCACCGAUCCUUUUAUCCACCCCAUGCCGUCCCUGACUUUUCUCUUCCUUUCUCAGUCCCCUCCCCAUUUCUCCUCCUCCUCCUCUGCCAUUCUCUCCUCUGACAAGCCCCAAGCUGUCUCCUCAUCCACUUCGUCCAGCCCUCCCCUGCUUCCCUUCCUCCACCCCACCCAUCCACUUACUCUCCCAACCUCACCUCCACCCUCAUUUCGAUUCUAUCUCUGACCCCCACCCUCCAUCAUCCCACCUAACCCCUCCCCUCACCCCCACCCCGUUCAUAUCUCGCCUCAGACUCUGACAGCAGCUGGGCCUAUACUGUUCCCGCCAAGCCUGGGAUCUGGAGUGAGUGGAUCCCGGGUGACCAUGGCAACGAUCCCAGCCGACCUGUCCGAAGCAUCCUCGCCACCUGCCCAAUCUUGCAGAUGUUAAAGGGUGGGCUGGCAGGGCGAUUAAUUCCCGUGCGAGGGCUCUCCUCACCUCAGCCCAAGCACCUGGGAAAGACGGUGAUCAAGACCGGUUGCAAUUACUAACGCACUGACCAAAGGAGCAGGAAGAAUCAUUUUGGAAGGAACUAUUGGACUCGCUGGAUUUGCCCCUCAUUGUUACCUGCUGCAACCAUACUGAGCUGCCUCAUUGCCAUCACUGGGAGGAGUUUGCUUUUUAUUGUGAAGAGGUGUAAUUGUUGAAACCUGGUUUCUGCAUUAAGUGCGUCACAUGGUGAUUCUGUGUCACAGCUUGUCAGUGACACAUUGUUAUAGCCCAUUUAACAAAUGUGUGUCAAUAUAACGAUGUGAGGUGCAUCAUAUUUAGAAGUCUUUAACAGGAGUACUUUUUUUUUCCCCAUCAUAGCACCUGGUAUUUUAAGAAUUGGUUCUGAAAUCAGCCCAGGGCUGUUUAAAGAAGUUAAAUGUCUCAUAUUCAACCCAUCAGUAAGAUUCUGAUGUCCAAACCAUACUGUCAUAUUAAUGAACUCUACAAUUAUCAGCGUGCUCAUGCAUCUGUGUCCUUGGGUGCUUGUGUGUGUGUGUGUUGGGGAAGCAGCUGCAUAUCUUAAUGCCAUCGUGUGUGUGUGUAUGCCACAAAUCUUCACAUGAUUGUGCGUGUGUGUAUGUAUGUGGAUGGAUCUUCACUUGAUUGAUGCGUGCGUGCGUGUGGACAGUGUUUGUAUAUAUGUGUCCAUCUGUUGUCAGAGUGUGUGCACAUAUGAGUUUAAAUUUUAUCUCCACGACUAUUAACAAAUGCAGAGGUCGGCUUGUGCUGCUACAGACUGUUGUUAAAAGGAAUGGUAUGACUGUUAAAUCUCAACCUCUGUACUUCCCUCUUUAUAUUUUAUCAUUAAAAGGAGUCCAAUAAUGA